AUGAUGGAGAGAAUAGAGUUCUUCCUGCCCGGGAUCAGGCUGCACCCCGGCCGUCCUAUCUUCCUCCUCACACGUCUUUCUCUUCUUCCUCAGUAUGGGGCGGAGUUUCGGCGGUUCUCGGUGGACCGGGUGAAGCCGGGGAAGUUUGAGGAGUUCUCCCGGCUCAUCAUGCACAUCCACCGCAUCGCCAACAUGGAGCUGAUGAUCGGCUACGCCGACGUGCACGGCGACCUGCUGCCCAUCAACAACGACGACAACUUCUGCAAGGCCGUGUCCAUGGCCCACCCCCUGCUGCGCAUCUUCAUCCAGAGACAAGAAGAGGUGGACUACACCAGCUUCGGCACCAACACGCUGACGCGGCGCAAGAAGGCGGUGGUGACCAUGCGCAACGACGUCAACCGCAAGCGCCCGCACAUCCGCAUCGGCAUGCCGCAGGACUUCCGGCCCGUCUCCUCCAUCAUCGACGUGGACAUCCUGCCCGAGUCGCACCGCCGCGUGCGCCUCUACCGCCACGGCUCGGACAAGCCGCUGGGCUUCUACAUCCGCGACGGCUCCAGCGUGCGCGUCACGCCCCACGGCCUGGAGAAGGUGCCCGGGAUCUUCAUCUCCCGCAUGGUCCCCGGCGGGCUGGCCGAGGGCACGGGGCUGCUGGCGGUCAACGACGAGGUGCUGGAGGUGAACGGCAUCGAGGUGUCGGGGAAGAGCCUGGACCAGGUGACGGACAUGAUGAUCGCCAACAGCCACAACCUCAUCGUCACGGUGAAGCCCGUCAACCAGCGCAACAACGUGGUGCGCAGCAGCCGCAUCUCGGGCAGCUCGGGCCAGUCGUCGGACAGCGGCGGCUCCACGGGCUACCCCAGCCUGUCGGUCGGCGGCGGCGGCGGCGGCGCCCUGUCUGCGGGGGCGGGCGGCGUGGCGGCCCCCUCGGGGCCACUGACGCACGGCUACCCCGACGAGCUGGAGAGCGACGAGGAGGCGGACAUCGUGAUCGAGAGCAGCGUGAAGCGGCCGUCGCGGCGGUCCAACGCGUCGGUGGCGUCGGCGGCGUCCACCGCCUCGCGCUCCCACCACCACCACCACCACCACCACCAUCAUCCACAGCAGCAGCAGCAGCAGGCUCCCAUCUCGGCGCCCCCACCGCCGCCACCGGCGGCAUCGGUGCCUGCACCUGCGGCCCCCCCGAGCCCUCCUUCACGACCUCCGUCGGUCGUGUCCACCGCCUCCUUCCACUCCCAGCUCAGCCUCAACGGGAGCACACACCACCAACACCAUCACCACCAGCCGCAGCCGCAGCAGCAGCAGCAAAGGGAGCAGCAGCAGCAGCAGCAACAACACCACCAGCAGAACCAGCAGCACCACCACCAAAACAGCCUGAGCUACCAGCUCCACAGAGACCUGAACCUGCAGAACGGGCCUCAGACGCCCCACAGUCCGCACCACGCUCAGCCCCAGCACCACAGCAGCAACCCGGCCCUGCGACACAGCAACGGCAGCCUGCAUAAAAUCCUCAGCUCCCUGAGAACGGACCCGAGGCACAGCCUGGCCCUGCCCCGGGGAGGGGUGGAGGAGGACGGCACCGUCAUCACCCUAUAACACGGAUAGACACGGACACACGCAUGCACACACGACACACACACACACACACACAAACACACAUAAAGGUGCAGACAGACAGAGAGCAAGCCUCCAAGCUGCCUAAAGACUUAAACUGGAUGAUUUUAAAGGCGGGGCCGGUACAUCUGUGCGUCGGCAUGCUUCCUCACGAGUCAGUAUGCAAAACUCAUUUUAUCACUUUUUGUGUUAUUUUUGUUAAAAGAUAAAAUGGUAAGAUUUUGAGAAAUGGAUUUUAAAUGCGAAAAAGGAUGAACAAAAGAAUUGAUCUGUUGCUGUGUAUUUCUAAACAUUUUCAUUGUCUUUAUUUUAAAUAAUUUUGGGGACAAGAAAGUGUUAUAGGUAAAUCCACUGUAUUCUAUUCACAUUAGUGACCACUUUUAUUGAGUUGUUGAUUUGUUGUUUUGUUCUUAUUACUGGGACCAACUUUAAUGUUUUCCUAAUAGACUUUUUAAAAUCAUAAAUUCUGUAAUUAAUUCAGUGAUACUAUAUUUCUUAUAAAUGUUGUGAACCCUGUCUUUGUUUUUUUUUUAUUCUUCCUUUAUGCAUUGUCAAAUUUGAUCAAAUUGUUGAACCUUUUCCAAUAAAUUAUUCCAAACUUAACCGUUUCUUUGUUUUCUCAUACACCCUCACCUCUCAUACAUCGCUGGAAACUUAAAUUCCUUAAAUAAGUAAAUGGAACUAUAAUACAUAACUAUAACUGAUAUUUGUCAUUCCCUACCAGUAUUCUAAGGGUCAGUGUAGUGGACCUACUUAUAAGCCACUAGAGUGGUCCUAAGUGAUGCAACACAUCACUUGGGUCACACAGCGCAUCAUUACACCUAUAUAUUUUAGCCUCACAUUAUCCAUAAUCAGUCACAGAAGUAGGCCUACUUGAAACAGUUAAAGGAUAUAACUGUAUACACCCUGAAUUUCCACUGAGCAGUAUAAGAUUAGGGCUAGACUACAACGACAUUAAUCUGAGAAUCAAGUAGUCUACAUUUUAUCUUAGCAACACCUCAUUUUGAACCUGUAAGAUAUGAUCGUGCAUGCCCGAAAUGCCAUCACUAAAGAUUGACAAAUGUAGAUGCUGAGAGCUACUAACGAGUCGGCACACGCCUGAAAUCAAAUUUUGUCUUGAUGUCACCCAUAGAUUGUAAAAGAUCUCAACCUCAUCACGGACGGGAUGACAAAAUCCCUGCUGCCAUCUGCUGGCCAAUAUGGAAUCGCAUUGCAUCCAUAAAGGAAGAGUGUACAAUAGUAGUGUAUUGUAACGUAAGACUAGGCCUUCCCCAUAUAUCAUUUUAUGUAGCUUAAUAAAGAUGGUCUAUGGUUUUAUUUUGAUUCUUGCUUUUUCAAAAAUGUUCCUGGUAACGCGGGUGUACUGCUUCACCUAAUGCGUAUUUUUUUGUCUACUAUCAAUUCAAAUUGUAUAACCAUUUUGGCCGUUUAAUAGGAAGGGGUCAGUGGUUUAUUACUCUCUGCCAAGUAACCAAA